AUGCGGUUCUUGACAGCGUUGGCUGCCCUGGCCGCAAUGGUCAACAACCCCUCUCUUGCCGCUCCGGCUUUCACCCCGGACUUCACCCCGGCAAGGCCGCCGGCUGUGCCGCUGGCCGUCAGGUCACCAUACCUGAACGCCUGGCUUCAGGGCGGGUCUGGGGCUAUCCUUCCAGGUUCCUGGCCCCGGCAUUGGACCGGCAACAUUCUGGGCUGGCAAGGCUUGGUGGCUGUUGAUGGGGUGGCCUACAACUGGAUGGGCGGGGCACCGGGCCCAUCCCAUGUCACGCAGUUGUCGCUCGAGUACACGUCGACCAAGAGCAUCUUCACCUUCGACGUUGCUGGAAAAGUGACCAUGAUCGUCACCUUCCUGUCACCCGUGUACCCGGACGACAUGGCGAGGCAAUCCCAGCAGUUUUCCUACAUUUCCGUCAAGACGAGAUCUAGUGACGGGGCGCCUCACGAUGUCCAGGUCUACAUGGAUGUCUCUGGCGAAUGGGCCAGUGGCGAUGUAUUUCAGGUCGUCGAGUGGGAUACCAGCACCUCCGGCGACAUUUCUUACCACAAGUUCUACCGCAAAAACCAAGAGCAGUUCAAGGAAUCAAACGAAAUUGCCAGCUGGGGUAAUUGGUAUUUGGCAACUCGCUCCGACACAGGUUUGACUUGGCAGAUCGGGCAAGACACGGCGGUGCGAGGGCAGUUUGCAAGCAACAGGGUUCUUGCCAAUGUGAAGGAGUCAAACUACAGGCUGGUGAGCGAGCAAUGGCCGGUAUUUGCCUUCUCCCACAACCUGGGGAAGGUGGAGGGAGGCGAGGUGGAGAGGGUUCUCACACUCGGGCUUGUCCAGGAGCAAGUCAUCAACUUUGCAGGCGAGAGCGGCGAGUUGGCGCUGGUGCCAGGACUCUGGUCAUCCUACUACAAGGACGAAAUCUCGGCAGUUGUUGCUUUCUACAACGACUACGGGCAUGCCCGCGAGGUGUCUUCGGCUCUUGACCAGCGGAUCCAGACCGACUCGGAGAACGCUGCGGGAAAGGACUACGCCAUCGUCACCACACUUGCCGUCCGCCAAACCUUUGGGGCACUUCAGUAUGCGGGCACGCCGUCGAAGCCGUAUAUCUUUCUGAAGGAGAUCAGCUCGAACAGCGAUAUCCAAACUGUUGAUGUUAUCUUCCCAGCAUACCCGAUCUUCAUGUAUCUCAACGCGACGUUGGGUAGGUAUCUUCUUGAUCCGCUGUAUGAGAACCAAGAGAGCGGAGCAUAUCCCAACGACUACGCCGAACACGAUCUCGGAACCUUCCCGGUUGCUAGGGGCUAUCCCGAGGGGAACGACGAGCCAAUGCCGCUGGAGGAAUGCGGCAACAUGAUCAUCAUGACUCUGGCUUAUGCCCAGCGCACCGGCGACGUUGGCUAUCUCAAGGCUCACUACCCCAGACUGGCCCAAUGGGCGCGGUUUCUGGUGGAGGAGUCCCUAAUCCCCGCGGAUCAGCUGAGCACAGAUGACUUUGCGGGGACCUUGGUAAACCAGACCAAUUUGGCCAUCAAGGGCAUCAUCGGGCUCAAGGCCAUGUCACAGAUCGCCCAGCUCACCAACAACAAGGAUCGAUUUGGGGAAAUUGCCGACAAAUACCUUGAGGGCUGGAAAGAGUUGGGCAUCAACUCUCAAGCGAGCCCCCCUCACACAACGCUUAGUUACGGGGACAACGACAGCUAUGGCCUCCUUUACAACAUAUACGCCGACAAGCUGCUCAACCUGAACUUCAUCCCCCAGUCCAUCUAUGACAUGCAGAGCAACUUUUACCCGACGGUGGCCAACGAGUUUGGCGUGCCGCUCGACACGCGACACACCUGGACCAAGUCGGACUGGGAAAUGUUCGCAGCGGCCGUCGCGAGCGAGCCAACGCGCGACAUGUUCAUCUCCAAACUGGCGCGCUGGGUCGGGGCAACGCCGUCGGAUCGCGCUAUGACCGAUUUGUACGACUCGCAGACUGGCGGGUAUCCCGAGAAAGGGCCGUAUUUUGUCGCUAGGCCUGUCAUGGGGGGCAUGUUUGCUUUGCUGGCUCUGUCCGGCUCGGGCGGUGGAUAUUAG